AUGAUUACUCCCACUCUCUUGGACGUUGCUGCCAUUACUGGAUUAUGGCCCAUUGGUGACGAUUAUCACUCUGCAUCUGCAGCUGCUAACCCCAUUUCCAUUCCUACUGACAAUAUUUCGUUUAGUCGAUUUAUUAAGGACCAUUGCGUCGACUGUGCUGAAGUCAUUACCCAACUAGCUCCUCAAGUCGUUUCUCCAGUGGCUCAUUCUUCUAAGGACAAGCCAGUCGUGAUUGAGGAUGAUGAUGAUGAUGAUGAGGAUGAUAAUGUCAGUCUCGCUGACAAGCUCAAGAGUCGAAAAAGGAAACCCAAGCCUGCUGCUUCGGCUAGUCAGAAGAGGGCCAAGGGGGUUGGUGCUUCCACCACCAGUGGGGCUUCUAAGUUAGCAUCUGAUGCUCAACCGGAAGUCGAUGGCAAAGAAGGUGGUGGCGACGCCUCCAUUCAGGCUGAUGUUCAUGAGCAUUCCAUUUCCAAUCCUCCAUCUCGUGAGAAUGCUCCAGCUCCCAAACCUGCAAAAUCCAAAGCUGAAGGUGAAACUCAAGGUGCAACCUCUCCCAUUCGCGAAGCAGAAACUCUUCCAGGAAAGGAUGAUACCCCUAUGCCUCCUCCAAAAUCGUCUGCCACCAUGCAACCUUCGCCUCAAGCCAAGGGUGGCUCUUCGUCUCAUGUGUCUAGUGAAAAACUUGACACUUUGUUCGAGGAGGACCCGUUGGCAGCUUUGGAUGGCUUUCUCGAUGGCACCUUAAACUUGGAUUCUCCACCCCAUCAAGCUGAUGCCACUGCUGAGACUGCUCAAUCUAGUGGGGUGGCCAACUUUCAGCAAGUCGAGGAGAGUAUGGGUCGGCUGAAGGCUAUUGUUUUCGCCAGUGGGUUUCUCGACCAGGCCAAAGCUAUUCACGAUGGUAGUGGUAAUCUACAUGGCCUGUAA